GGCUGCAGCCGACCGAUCCUGACUCAUCGAACUAGCUGACCAGGGAAACGCAUCGGCUUCAUAUCUCCUGGCAAGGAUCCUGCAAGCUGAACUUUUCUCCCAGCCCUCGCCUUACAAGUCUCGGCGGCGAGCCAAGCGAUAUCAAAGUGUCCAAUAUCUGAAGAAGGCCGCUGGCGCUGAACACUUGGUGGCCCAGUUCCAUCUGGCUGAGCUUCACCGCAGCGGCAACAUGGUUCGUCAGAAUCACUCCAAGGCAUUCGAUUUAUAUCGUAACCUUGCAGAAAAUGGACUUGCCCGUGCCCAAGUUGUCCUCGGUCGAUGCUACGAGAGCGGCGAGGGCAUCGAUCAAGACUACGACACAGCCAUCCUGUGGUAUUCCAAGGCUGCCGACCAAGCCAACGAAGACGGUCGACUUCAUAGCGCAUUCCUCCGUGGAUGGUUCUCGCUCAUUGGCCAUGAUGUCGAGCAGAGCGAUGUCAAUGCGCUCAACCACUGGCAGGAAGUCAGCACCCUGUCCACUGACCCAGUCCUCAAACCCAUCGCCACACACAUGGUCGGAUGGAUGCACUAUCUCGGCCGGGGCACCGUGCGAGACGAACAGAAGGGGAUCAAAACGAUCCGAGACAGCAAGUCUCCUGAGUUCCCACUUGGAGAAGACGAGUGUCUAGCUGUACCACGCUCCCACUGCUCCGACUCACCCGUUGCCCGCAAGCUCUUCAAUCUGUGUCAGCUGGGAUCGGAGCGAGACUGGCUAUGCAGGCAUCUUAUGGCCGUGUGUCUAUUCCAAGGGUUCGGAGUCGCAGUGGAGGAACAAGCAGCGGCGGAUAUAUUUGAACAACUUGCCAACGACGGCCACAGCGACAGCCAGUUGUGGUUCAGUGAAUGUUUUCGGUAUCAGGGAAACGUGUUGCAAAACGCAAGAAAGGCAUUCAAGUGGUUUGGGAAGUCGGCCGAGCAAGGCAAUUCGUACGGACAGUGGAUGCUUGGAUAUUGCCAUCGCUGGGGAGAUGGAGUCCCUGAAGAUCACCCCAAAGCUGCUGAGUGGUAUCGCAAGUCAGCCGAACAGGGCAAUCGGAACGGACAGUUCGAGCUUGGUGAUUGUUAUCAGUUUGGCCGUGGUGUUGCCAACAACAUCGACAUUGCUGUCUUUUGGUACCGCAAGUCGGCGGAGCAAGGCCACGAUAGAGCCAUCUACAUCCUCCAGGGGCUCAGCAAGUGGCCUUGAUCCCGAGUUUGACUGACUCCUGUCUCGGAUCCUUGAUUGACACUGUGUACUAUCGAAUGACUCGGCUAUGACAACUCGUCAUAGUUAGCA